AUUGAGGUCCCAAUCUCGUCUCCCUAAAGCACAGGCCGCCGCAUCGUGGAGAUUUGAGGAACACAGCUGGACGCCAUCGCCGUCACAGUCGGAGCUGGAACGACGGACAGUUAAAACACCACUACUCGGACAGUCGGACUGCCCUUAAUUUAAGCCUACAGCUGUAUCCGGCAACUCCCCAACGACGACGAGCCCAAAGGCCCUUGGAAAGCUCUCCGCGCCUCCUCGGUGGCCCUCUUUGCGAAGACGGGUCUCUUUCAUGGGAGAAUCUUCCAUGCGAUGCACGGCACCUGUGGGGUCCACAGGCUACUCUCUCAGUCUCACGUGCUAGUAUUCCAUCCACUCAUCCACCGGUCGUGACUCGUGACUCGUGAGCGCACAGCCGGUGAUGCAUGCAACGAGGCACGCUAAAUGCUAGUGUACAGUGAUCAGAGCUUAGGAAGUCUAAUGAUCCAAUUUGCAUUAAUUAGCUUUGCAAGUUUAAGAGUUAUUUUGUGCUCUGUUCAGACUUUAUCCUUUCAACUUUUGGCUGGCCUUGCUUGGUCCUUUUAGGCCGACUCUUGGCUUGUAAGAGGGAGAGGAGAUUGCGUUUGCUAUUGAUAUUUCUGAGAUGCUGGAGGAAACUUGCCGUUGCAAUUCCAUUUAGUUCCUCCUAUCUUGUUCGUGUGCCUCUUUGUGAUCUGUUUUUCUCAUCGAGUUCUUUUGCCCUGCAUCAGUUGGUAUCAGAGCGGAGGUACGAGCCAUGCCGAGGGCUCGGAGAAAUCGAGGCCGUGCGCCCCAGCGAGAUGCUAGGUUUGGUGAUGCUGAGAUGGAAGAAGAGUCCCUGGAUGGUGCUCCUCGUCGUUAUCGACCCCUGCAAGAUGUCGAUGCGGACCUGGAUCAGAACCAAGAGUUGAGGCGUCAAGUACAGACUUGGGCGCAGCAAAUGGCGACCAUGCAAACUCAGAAGGGCCAAAUUGCUGCCACUAUCCAGAGGAGGGAUUUGCCAGAAGACCAGGUCAGAGAAGAUGCCUUGGACAACAGUGAUGGCUCCGCAUCUAGCUACCUGAGCCGUCCUGAAAUCAACCCUUUUCAUGCCAGGAGACGGCAUGAACAUAAUCAUGUUGUUGUUCAACGUGAGGAAAACAGACGGCGUUGUUUCAGGGUCAAUUUGCCGGAGUUCUCUGGAGGACUAUCUGCGGAGGAUUUUGUGGAUUGGCUUGAUGAAGUUGAGCACAUCUUUGAGUAUGUUGAGGUUCCACAGGAGGAACGUGUCCCUGCGGCUGCAAUGCGAUUGAAGGGACGUGCUUCUGUCUAGUGGAAAAAUUUGGAGCAGAGUCGUAGAGUGCAUGGCAAAGCGAAAAUUAAUUCUUGGUCUGUAAUGAAGGAGAAAAUGCAGAGGGAAUUUCUUCCGUUUAACUAUGAAGAGUCACUGUUUAGGUAGCUCCAAAAUUUACGACAAGGAACUAAGAGUGUGGAGGAGUAUACAGAUGAGUUCUACCAAUUAGUGUCACGCAAUAAUUUGAGUGAUUCCAAGAGCCAGCUGGUGGCAAGGUACAUUGGAGGCUUACGUCACACCAUUCAGGAUGUGUUGGCUUUACAUUUAAAUUUUACAGUUUCAGAAGCACAUCAGCGUGUGGUUGCCAUUGAAAAACAGCAGCAACGGCGUUUUCGCACAGGCAGCACUACAACCCGUCAACAAGAAACCACAUAAGCAAAGGAUGUCUCGGGCAGCAGCGACUCAAGAGCGACAAAGUUUGCACCUGUGCUCAAAGGAGCCACUGAGAGGUCCAAGUUGUCGUCAGCAAAGGCUGGAUGUUGUUUCAAGUGUGGGUCUCCUGAUCAUUUACAGAAGGACUGUCCAAAGAGCAUCAGCAGGGAAGGCAAAGGAUUGAUGGCUGAGAUUGAUGAGAAUACAGAACAGCUAGGUGAUCCUAUAUAUGAUGAUUAUGAAGACGAUGAAGGGGUUGAGCUAGAUGGAGAUACAGGAGACAUGUUGGUAAGGGAGCGUGCCUUGAUCAUACCAUCAAAGAAGGAUGAAGACCGCCGAUGACGGAGCUUGUUCCACACGCGUUGUACUAUGGGUGGCAAGGUCUGCAAGGUUAUAAUUGAUAAUGGCAGCUGGGAGAACACUAUAUCAGAGGAGGCAGUAACUAAACUUGGAUUGAAAAAGAUGAAGCAUUCCAGUCCAUACAACAUGCGAUGGUUCAAAUCUGACAAGGUGUCGAGGGUCAAGUUUCGAUGCUUGGUGUCCUUUUCUAUUGGCAACAAAUUCUUCGAUGAGGUGGAGUGUGAUGUUGUUGACAUGGACGUUAGCCACCUCAUUUUAGGAAGACCUUGGCAGUGUGAUCGCCAUGCUGUGCACGAUGGUCGUAAACAUACAUAUACUGUCAUGAAAAAUGGGCAAAAAUUUGUUUUAAACCCACUGAACAUGGGUGAGCUGCCUAACUUGAGUAGUGGUGAACCAUCUGGGACUACAAGCUUGGUUUCUUGUAAACAAUUUAUGGUUGAUGCCACGGAAGGAGGUGUAUAUUUCUUGCUGCUUGCAGAACAGAAAGAGGAGCAUGAUUUGCCCAAGGAGGUGCUAGAAUUGUUACAGAACUUUUCUGAUGUUUUUCCCCGAGAGCUCCCUUCUGUAUUGCCUCCCAUGAGGGAUGUUCAACAUCGCAUUGAUUUAGUACCAGGAGCUAGCUUGCCAAAUCGUCCAGCUUAUCGCAUGAGUCCGAAUGAAUAUGAGGAACUGAACCAACAGGUGCAAGAGUUGCUGGAUAAGGGCUUUAUUCGACCCAGCCUCAGCCCAUGUGCUGUCCCUGUCUUGUUAACACCAAAGAAGGACGGCUCAUGGCGUAUGUGUGUUGAUUCUAGAGCAAUCAACAAGAUCACCAUUAAGUACCGAUUUCCUAUUCCUCGAUUGGAUGAUAUGUUGGAUAAUCUAGCAGGAGCAGUGGUCUUUUCAAAAAUUGAUUUAAAGAAUGGCUACCAUCAGUUGAGGAUCCGUCCAGGCGAUGAAUGGAAGACUGCUUUCAAGACAAGAGAUGGCCUUUAAGAAUGGUUAUUUGAAGUGGAUUGUGAUGCCUCAGGGACAGGAAUUGGUGCUGUUCUGAGUCAAGGCUCAAGACCCGUGGCGUUUUUCAGUGAAAAAUUAAAAGGUGCACAUCUGCGAUAUUCAACUUACGAAACUGAAUUAUAUGCAGUGGUUCGAGCAUUGCAAUAUUGGCAUCACUACCUUUUGCAUCAAGAAUUUGUUCUAUACAGUGAUCAUGAAGCCUUGAAAUAUAUCAGAAGUCAGGCAAGCCUAAAUCAAAAACAUGCUCGUUGGGCAAGUUUCAUAGAGGAAUACAAUUUUGUGCUAAAACACAAGUCCGGGGCACAAAACAAAGUGGCAGAUGAGUUGAGCCGCAAGGCACAAUGUCUUAGCACAAUGAGGGUUGAAGUUGUUGGCUUUGACAGCAUUCCUGAGCUCUACACUACUGAUCCUUACUUCAGCAAGUUCUAUGAAGCCGCCAAAGCUAAGCAGUCAGUUGAUUAUACUAUACAUGAGGGCUUCCUUUUCCGUGGAGCACAACUUUGCAUACCAGAUUGCUCUGUAUGGGAUUUGAUUAUAAGGGAAAUUCAUAGUGAAGGCCAUCGUGGACGGGACAAGUCCGUGGAAUUAUUGUUGGGGAAGUAUUUUUGGCCUCAUGCUCGCAGAGAUAUGGUGAGAUUUGUCGAGAGAUGUCAUAUAUGUCAAGUUUCCAAAGGAACUGCAACUAACGCAGGCUUGUAUAUGCCCUUACCUGUACCUAACGGGCCAUGGAUAGACGUGAGCAUGGAUUUCGUCCUGGGACUACCAUGAACACAAAGCUUAGGAAGUCUAAUGACCCAAUUUGCAUUAAUUAGCUUUGGAAGUUUAAGAGUUAUUUUGUGCUCUGUUCAGACUUUAUCCUUUCAACUUCUGGCUGCUCCUGCGUGGUCCUUUUAGGCCGACUCUUGGCUUGUAAGAGGGAGAGGAGAUUGCGUUUGCUAUUGAUAUUUCUGAGAUGCUAAGGAAACUUGCCGUUGCAAUUCCAUCUA